UUAUUGUGGUCUGGCCACCAUGUCACGUGUGCGCGGACCCUGCUGACACUCGACGGCCAGUUGAAGAUCUCCCUGUUUGUUCGACUUCUGAAGUGGUUAUUGAACCCCGACGCCGUCGCAAUGGCCUCACCAUGAACCUUCCGACUGCUCUCUGACGCAUAUGGACAAUUUUGCGGGCUGCUCAUCGCAGCCGGACGGCGGCAUGUCCCAACGCGCGGCCCACCCGGGUAAAGCGUCUGAGUCGGUCCGCCUCUCCUCCAAGCAAAGGGAGCGCCCGGCCGCCUCACCAAGGCGACGGCGAGAGGCGAAGAAGUCGCAGCGGCGGGGGGAUGGUCAGGAACAGCUGCUCUGGGAGACGGAGCAGUGGAGGUUACCGGGCCAACGCGAGCACUUGGAGCCGUCCGGCUCAGUGAGCGACGCAGCGGAAAGUUCAGCUAAGAGGAGGGCUCACUUCCUUCAUGGACCGUAUCCAGCCACUCACUUCGGACCCAAAGCCUGUAUUCUGCCCAACCCGACUUCAGUCAUGCACAUUCAGGACCCGGCAAGCCAGCGCCUCACCUGGAAUAAACCUCCAGUCAACGUUCUCGUCAUCAGGAAAAUCCGUGACGAGAGCCUGGGGGAGCCUUUUAAGGAGCUGUGCAGGUUUCUAGUAGAGGAGAAACAGAUGAUGGUGUACGUGGAGCGCAGGGUGGCCGACGACGAGACGCUGUCCAAGGACGAGAACUUUGGCUCCAUCCGAAAUCAGCUGUGCACGUUCAGAGAGGGUUAUGAUGAUAUCUCUGACUGCAUUGAUCUGAUCAUCUGUCUGGGUGGUGAUGGAACGCUGCUUUACGCCUCCUCGCUGUUCCAGGCUAGCGUUCCCCCAGUCAUGGCGUUCCAUCUCGGUUCUCUCGGAUUCCUGACGCCCUUCAAGUUUGAGUCCUACAAGACAGAAGUGGACAAAGUGUUUGAAGGGAACGCGGCCAUCACUUUGCGUAGCCGCUUGAAGGUGAAGGUAGUGAAGGGGAUGUUUGAGAGGACGAGCUCACAGCAAGCUCAGCAGCCGCAUCAGGACCACAAUGGCCUCCUUCCUCACCAAUACACCAACAGUGAGGCGGGCAAGGUCACCCUGCAACUCCAGGUGUUGAACGAGGUCGUGGUGGACCGCGGGCCGUCGUCCUACCUGUCCAACGUGGACCUGUACCUGGACGGACGUCUCAUCACAUCCGUGCAAGGAGACGGUGUGAUCGUGUCCACGCCCACCGGCAGCACGGCCUACGCGGCGGCGGCGGGGGCGUCCAUGAUUCACCCCAACGUGCCGGCCAUCAUGGUGACCCCCAUAUGUCCACACUCGCUGUCCUUCAGGCCCAUCGUGGUCCCUGCCGGAGUGGAGCUCAUGAUCACCUUGUCCCCCGACGCCAGGAACACCGCCUGGGUGUCCUUUGACGGCAGGAAGAGACAAGAGAUCCAGCACAGCGACUGCAUCAAGAUCACAACGUCGUGUUACCCGGUGCCGUCCAUCUGCUGCCACGACCUGGUCUACGACUGGUUCGAGAGCCUGGCGCAGUGUCUGCACUGGAACGUGCGCAAGCGGCAGACCCGUCUGGCCGAGACCUCGGACUCCUCGGACACGGAGAACUGAACCCGCCAACCCCCCUGCUUACUGAGCCAGACACCAGUCGUGUGGUAUUCUUUUCCAAACCUUUACAUUCCAAAAUGACAAUGAUUCAUGUGUGUGUAUAAACAUGUCCAAAAGUAUUUUAGGUCACUUCUUUAAUGUAGUUUUUGUAUAUUUUCAAACACAAACUUGACCUCACCAUCACUGACAGGCUGAAAAUAAAAGACACUUUAA